AUGAGAUUUUUAUACUUGUCUAUACCCGUCAUCAUUUAUUAUAUCUUGAAUUUAUUGUUUGACACCUGGUUACCAAACAACUAUGUUUUUGAUCCAGAAACCUUGAAUAAAUUAUCAAAUGAAGUUAUUGCAAAACAUCCAGAAGGUAACACAACAUUGAUACUUGAAGAUUUGGCGGUAAGCUUAAAAGACCACUAUGGUGAUAUCAUCAACCCAUUAAACCAAGAAGAUUGGUUAUUCAACGUUGCUGGUGGUGCUAUGGGUACUAUGUUCAUUUUACAUGCCUCAAUCUCAGAAUACUUGAUUUUCUUCGGUACAGCUGUUGGUACAGAAGGUCAUACUGGUGUUCAUUUUGCUGAUGAUUACUUUACAAUUUUAAAAGGUGAACAAUAUGCUGCCGUUGAAGGUUCAUUAUACCCAGAAGUUUACUUAGCAGGUGAAACUCAUCAUUUGAGAAAAGGUCACGCUAAACAAUACUCUAUGCCAUCUGGUUCAUUUGCUUUAGAACUAGCUCAAGGUUGGAUUCCAGCUAUGUUACCAUUUGGCUUCUUGGAUACUGCUUCAUCUACAUUAGAUUUCUACACAUUUAUUAGAACUGCUUACUUGACUGGUUUAGAUAUGGGUAAAAAUUUGUUACGUGGUAAGUUUUAG